UAGGUUGUCACUGUACGCUCUCAAUGUGUAGAAGUGGUGUGGAUAAAACACAUCAUGGCUUUACUGUUAAGUUUGUUUCUGAUGGCAGCAAGUGUCAGUGCGAUGCUUGCGCACACCAAGAUCGUAGAGUACAACUUUUACAGAGAUACACGGGUUGAACAGACGGUUCCAUUGCAAGGCUCUGUGAACGAGAUCAUUUUCGAUACAGGAUCUUAUAAUACAAUGCAAGUCACAACAAGCAACGGGAAGAAGUUGUACAAGAUACAGAGGUCUGGUGAUAGAUGGCAUAUCCAAGGUCCCAACAAGGUUUUGUUGGCAACCGUUGUUAAUGAAUGGUUCAACAAGUACGUUGUGAUGAACCAGAUUCAACAGGAUGCAAUAUCGGGAUCUGUGAGUACCACAUCACCAUCUGUCAUCAAGCUUGACGGUGGUUUCUUGGGCUUCCGAGAUAAUCGUGACCAAUGGCAUUUCUGUUUCGGCUCAAAUGUUGAAUUGAUUUGGUGUGGAUUGAACCAUUUUGAGGUGGUGUCUGCACCAAUAGGACAUUUCCAAGUUGACGAUAUUCAUAGAAGGGUAGCAUGGGUCUCAAAGAGAGUGGGAGACAAGUACAGGAUCUUAUUCAACUAUGAGUCAAUCAAUAUGGAGAUCUUGGUGUCCACGUUUUUGUUGGUAUUCUUGACAGGUGGUAAACGUCUCCUAAGGCCAAAGAUCCCACCUCAUGAAAUUGUUUAAGAUAAGCAAUUUCAUUUAGGUAUGAAGACACAGCCACUAUAUAUGCAG